ACUCCAUGUCACUACAAUAUAUUUCCAGAGAUUUAAAUUCGUAAUCAUAAAUCGAUAGAUGAAAAAGAAGAAGAAGAAGAUAAAGUAGAAAUUCAUAGGAAUUACGGUCAAUUUUUUGGAUUUUUUAUUUUUUAUUUUUGUAAAUAUAUACUCUGUAUAUUUGUACUCGUCGUUGUACACGGCCGUCGUACGCGCUCCAGGCGGAGUUCGGAGAGGUUCCGGCGGAGUUAUGGUAGAGCUGGCUAAAGCAGCCAAAGUCUACGCUCCGAAGACUCUACAACUGUGGCGGACGCUCCUGAACUGGGCGGCCGCGUUCUACGAGAUCUUCGUUCAGAGCACACCGUCGGCGGCUCAGCUCCUCUCGUACGUCGGCUUCCGGAACAGCUCCUUCCUCUCCUCUCCUCCUCCUCCGCAGUUCCGGCCUCUCCCGGUUGUCGAGGUUGAGGAUAAGGACGAUUCGCCGCCCUCUUCAGCCCUUCCGUCACUCCAAAUCGCCUCCGGUUGUUCCGAUGAGCAUCAUUUACCGAGGCUUACGGUGGUACUUGAUUUGGAUGAAACUUUGGUUUGUGCAUAUGAGACAUCAACUUUGCCUUCUAUAAUACUUACUCAGGCCAAAGAAGCUGGGUUGAAGUGGUUUGAACUUGAAUGCAUUUCCUCAGACAAGGAAUGCCAUGACAAUCCUAAGAUCAACUACGUCACAGUGUUUGAACGCCCUGGAUUACGCACAUUUCUGAAAGAACUCAGCAAAUUUGCUGACCUUGUGUUAUUUACUGCUGGACUUGAAGGAUAUGCAAGGCCAGUUGUUGAUAAAUUGGAUGUUGAUCGCCUAUUUAUUCGUCGGCUUUACAGGCCUUCAACAACCAGCACUGAAUAUCGGGAGCAUGUGAAGGAUCUAUCUUUCAUUUCAAAAGAUUUAAGCCGAAUUGUUAUGGUUGAUAACAAUCCUUUCAGUUUCUUACUGCAACCAUUGAAUGGAAUUCCUUGCGUUCCUUUUUCUGCAGGACAGCCUCACGAUGAGCAGCUUUUGGAAGUUAUCCUUCCUCUUCUCGAACAUCUUUCUCAACAGAAAGAUGUACGGCCAGUGCUUUAUGAAAUGUUCCACAUGCCUGAAUGGUUUCAGAAGCACGGAAUCCCUGCUUCUAGAGCAAUGAACGAGGGAUGAGAUUCCCUCCACCCGAAAAGCAGAUUUUUGUAUAGUACAGAGCGUUGUUGCUAUCUCCGCAAAGGAUCAGCCUUUAAGCCUCAUCAGAAAGGCCUCUCGGUCCAUCCAUUGCCAUGGUGCAACUAUGCGCGAUGGUUAUUAGGAUUCUCGUGCCACUUCGUUUGUAUCUUCAACUGCUGUAUGUAGAGGCUCCCGGAGCUGUGGAUCCUGUCGUGCUGCCCAGAAGAACAUCCAGGACUGUUGUAAGUGUAACAUGGCUUGCCAAUAAUUGUUCUUUGUUACAGAAUAGAUUAGGGAAAGAGAAUAGAAGACAGACAGGAUGAUGAUGUUCGGAGAAGUUGAGGUUGUUCUGAAACAAGCCAUGUUCCUAAAGCUGGAUAAUGUAUACAAAAGAAAGGGCAUAUCCAUGUUUUUCAGGCUUUGCUUA